GCCAAGGAUUCCCGCACAUACCUGCUGUCAACAUGAAGUUGUGUCUGCACUCUUUCUUCGUCGCCAUCUUGGGAUUGCUGACGCUGCUCGCUGUAACCUACGGACACCCCGUCAGCAACGCUGAUGCUAUAGUCGAGAACAUGCGGCAGAUACCACAGUGGCACUGCCUCCGAUACCGGAAGUUCGACCUGGUCAAGCGCUGCCGGAACUAUCGCGUCAUGAUGAGGAGGCAGUGAACUACAGAAAGCGGUGCAAAGACAGUCAGCAAAGUGCAUUAUUAGAUAAGAUUGUGGAAUAUAUUUUUCUCCAUACAUGACUUCAGGGUUUAAUUCAUAACAUUAUGGUUAUUUUCUUUACGGAGCAAAACAAAAAAAGUGUCCUGUUUAUUUAUUUAUUUUUACGUUUUAUCAACAAAAAAAAACGUUAAGAAUGUAUUAGAAUACUGUUUUACUAUCGUCUGCCUUUCUGUUUCUAUUUUAUUUAUAAAUAACUGUUCGAGUUCAAAUAUGUAUAUGGCAUUAUAAUUGUAUAUGGUUUAUUUCAGUAGGACCUAUAUUUUUACUAAACAAAAAAUAAAAAUAUCUUCUACUUACAGAAAUAAGAAUACAGAACUAUAAGAACUGCAGAAAUGGUGGUCCUUAAAACGUUUAAAUUAUAACUUAACGAAAAGAAUGUCACAAUUCGAAUCUGCCAUUAAUGUAAUAAUGAACCUAAAAUGCAAUAAUUGUUAUUUCAUCGGUUAAAAUUUAAGGAAAUUAUUUUUUUCUGUUUCAUCGUCUAAGUUUGCCAGCAUUUCCAAUUCCAAGAAGUAAAACUAUAACUUAAAAUCGUUAAAAAAUUAUAAAUCUGUAAGUAACAAUCAGUAUAUUAAAUAGUAACAACGUUAUUGAUUAUUUCUGCAAAUUGUAAAUCCUUACAAAAGUUUCCUUUUUUUACAUUCUUUCAAAUAUAAUUUCUUUAGAUUGUAACAAAUUCAACUAUUACAUAUCAAAAAAAUAUCGUUGUGUCUAGCUAUAGAAAAACUUAUCUAAACAAAUCCGUAAUAAUUAAUUAGAUAAUUUGUUUUCAAUGAGACAUUCUUCUAUGUAUAAUACAUUUUUGUACAUAUUACUGUAUUAUAUUAAUAUUAUUAAAAACCAGUUUUAUGGUUAAGUGUUGUAGAAUAGAUAUAUAUUGAGUGUAACAGUAUAAUGCUUGUAAAUAAAAAGCAAACAUAGAUUACUUUAGUUUAUUUGUACAAACUUGCAUACUUAGAAACAUUCAUUAUAGUAGUGUAGUUCGUUAAUUUAACUAGCCGUUCAUGUUCAUAAUUAUCCCCACGAGGGCCAUUAUUAAAGU